UGGUCUAUUUUCCUAGACGAAGUGGCAUAACAAAGUGCCUCCAUUUUGUUAGCCACACUUGGUCUAUUCCCGCUAUUUUGUGCUAGCUUAGCAAAGUUAGCCUAUGCUAGCCUAGCGCGGAAAGGCCGCCUGUCUUACAAGCUAGAAACGAAACUUUGUGUUUAUACCAUCGCCACCAACGCUACAUAACAACCCAGAAGACACACAGAUCUGUAAAAUUGACUUUGGAAGUUGAAAGUUACCCGCGUUCGACUCUUGAGACCAUGUCAAAGGCUGAAGGAGAAGAGAUGAUAGAGAUCGAGAUUGAUGAACAGGAAAAACAAGGAUGUUUGGAGGAAGGCAUAGAGGAACAGACCAUCAUGGCGUCGGAUCUGAUUCAGCAGGACAUCGACAUCAACGAGCCAGUGGGCAAUUUGAAGAAGCUUUUGGAGCCACGCAUCCAGAUCUCACUGGAUUCAUAUGACAUAUGUUUGCAGGACAUUCAGCUGCACCCCGAUCACAGCCUCUUUGAUCAGGGCGUCAAAACAGACGGAACAGUGCAGCUCAGCAUGCAGAUUAUUACCAAACCAGGUGAAGAGAAGUUGAACAUUUUGGAGAUUGUGAAACCGGUGGAGACGGUGGAGGUGGUGAUUGACCCGGACGCCGCCGGGGAGGAAAGCUCCUUGGUGGAGGAGGGCCAGCUCAUUGCCGUGGAGCGGUCCGGCCUGUCCGACGAGACCUCGGAGCAGGUCACGCGCUGGGCGGCCGCCCUGGAAGGCUACCGAAAAGAGCAAGUGCGACUCGGCAUACCGUAUGAUCCCCUCCUCUGGUCAGCAGACCAGGUGAUCCAUUGGGCCGUGUGGGUGAUGAAGGAAUUCAACAUAGACGAGAUGGAAAUCGGUAGCAUUCACAUCCCAGGUCGCGACCUCUGCUCGUUCAGCCAAGAAGAAUUUCUCCAGAAAGUGCCAAACGGGGAAAUCCUCUGGAGUCACCUCGAGCUGCUACGCAAAUACGUGUUGGCCAGCCAGGACCAGUCCGGAGGCGAUUCCACCGUCACCAUUGAUCAACCUGUGCAGAUAAUACCAGCCCAAGUCAGCACGCCCACUGCCAUUAAGGUGCUGAAGCAAAACCGAGGACCCCGAGCGCCUCGCAUCUCUGGAGAGGAGCGCAGCUCACCUGGCAACCGCACAGGCAACAAUGGCCAGAUCCAGCUGUGGCAGUUCCUGCUGGAGUUGCUGACGGACAAAGACGCCAGGGAUUGCAUCUCCUGGGUGGGCGAGGAAGGGGAGUUCAAACUCAACCAACCCGAGCUGGUCGCACAAAAGUGGGGCCAGCGCAAGAACAAGCCCACCAUGAAUUACGAGAAACUCAGCAGAGCCCUCAGGUAUUACUACGACGGCGACAUGAUCAGCAAGGUGCAGGGCAAGCGCUUCGUCUACAAAUUUGUGUGCGACCUGCGGACUCUGAUCGGCUACAGCGCCUCCGAACUCAACAACCUGGUGACGGAAUGCGAGCAGAAGAAAAUGUCGCGGAUUCAGAUGCACCACCAACCCAUCACCACGGUGACGCUGGCCACCACCACGAUGGACAAGGACAGUUGAAGGCCUUCAAUUCCAGUUAAAAAAAAACUCAACCAAUGAACUCUUGACCUUCCUGACAUGCAAUUUGUUUGAGCCUUUGACAGCGGAAUGGAGGGUCGAUGUCAUUUUUGUGGUUACGGAGAGGUGAAUGUUUGAAUGUGACUGAACUCAUGUUAACGUCUUCCUCGUCCGUAGCGUCUGACAGACCACUGUAUAUACACCCACGCUUCAUGUUUUUGAUAGCCGCGAUGACAUGUGUAUUUUCAUAUUUUUUCCUUUUAUAGAAAGACCCUUUUUGUAUUUUUAUUUGUCUUUGUUCCCUUACAGUUUUGGACACUUUUUUUUAAAUAAAAAUGUCCACAAAGGGGGAAUAAAGUGGCAAGCAAUUUUUCUGA